CACCAUUCCAGCGGCAGUCUGUCCAGGAGAGUCCGUACGCUAGCAAACGACACGCUGUCAGGCAAUAAUGGAGGACUACUUGAAGAUAGAGAAGAUUGGAGAAGGUACCUACGGGGUGGUGUAUAAGGGCCGGCACAAGGCUACAGGGCAGAUUGUGGCGAUGAAGAAGAUCCGCCUGGAGAGUGAGGAGGAGGGCGUUCCCAGCACCGCCGUCCGAGAGGUCUCUCUGCUCCAAGAGCUGAAGCAUCCCAAUGUUGUACGACUCCUGGAUGUGCUGAUGCAGGAGUCUCGUCUCUACCUCAUCUUUGAGUUCCUGUCCAUGGACUUGAAAAAGUACCUGGACUCCAUUCCGUCUGGCCAGUACAUGGAGCCGAUGCUGGUCAAGAGCUACCUGUACCAGAUCCUGGAGGGCAUCUACUUCUGCCACUGUCGCCGAGUCCUCCACCGGGACCUGAAGCCCCAGAACCUCCUGAUCGACAACAAAGGAGUCAUCAAACUGGCCGACUUUGGUCUCGCUCGGGCCUUCGGGGUUCCCGUCAGGGUCUACACCCACGAGGUCGUGACCCUUUGGUACCGCGCUCCAGAGGUGCUCCUGGGUUCACCCCGAUACUCAACCCCUGUCGACGUUUGGAGCACCGGCACCAUCUUCGCUGAGCUCGCCACGAAGAAGCCUCUGUUCCACGGAGACUCUGAGAUAGACCAGCUCUUUAGGAUCUUCAGGACUCUGGGGACCCCGAACAAUGAAGUGUGGCCGGAAGUCGAGAGCCUCCCCGACUACAAGAACACCUUCCCUAAAUGGAAGUCGGGCAACCUGUCUUCAAUGGUGAAAAACCUGGAUAAGAACGGCCUGGACCUGCUGGCGAAAAUGUUGAUCUACAAUCCUCCCAAGAGGGUCUCCGCCCGCGAGGCCAUGACCCACGCCUACUUUGACGACCUGGACAAAUCCACGCUGCCCGCCGCGAGCAUCAACAAAAUCUAAAGCCCGUCCUCGGCCCCGCAUACCGACGCGUAUUCAUACCCAUUGUGAAUUCUCAUUCUGUAAAUACUUGUGUGUGUUAUUCGUUGUAGACCUUUUUUUUUUUUUUAGUAAAGCGUUUGUCUUUCAACAAUGUCUUUUCAAUAAAACUGCACUUUCUGUGAAUCUCUAAA